AUGGUCAAGAUACAGCUUUUCUACUCAUUGGCAGUUGCUGCCUCAGCUCUGGCUGCACCCUCUGGAAUCCUUAGCGAUCUCUUUUCGUCUCUCGAUAAGCGAGCUUGCACCAAUCCUUCAAACCUGCUCAAAAACGUCGGCUUCGAGUCAACAUCCAUUAAUCCAUGGGUCUACGCGCCGUACUAUCCCAAGCUUACCAGUCUGAAGAUUGUUGAUUCUGGCUACAAGAGCAACAAGGCUGUCCAGCUCUCUGGUCUUGCCAAGGCACAGGAUGAAUAUGGCUAUAGCACUCUCAAACAGAACUUUACCAACUGCAAGCUUGGAAAGUACGAUCUCUCAUGGUCCAUGUACCUCCCCAAGGGUGCAGCUCAGGGCCUGGAUCCUCGCAACCCCGGAAUGACUAUCUGGAUCUACGAUAGCGCAGGCGAUGGCCAAGCAGGAACACUCAAGUUUGGACCCAACUCCUUCAGUAGCUCACUUGGGUAUCCUGUGAAGCAAGCGACGUAUAAAGUGGAUCAGUGGGUGAAUAUCUCGUUCACAUUGCCUUAUCCUAUCCAUGUUGGCAAAUGUACCUUGGUCAUCAACUGGACUGUGCCAGGCCAAGAGAAGGGUAAAGGAGAUGGGAAACUGACGCUCAAGCUCGACAACUUUGUGUUGAAGCCUGCGAAAUAG